AUGGGAAUAGAGGAUUCAAUCAAGCAUUCCGAGCUCAUCCAAACCUAUCAUACCGGAGCAACAAUGUGUAGAAUCCAAGCGAUCAAGUCUACCCUAAUCAAGGAGCGUACCAAGGAGGCCAAUAUCAAUCCAAGCCACAACAAGUCUAUCCAAGGAGUGCCCCCCAAAGAACUGGGAGGCAAGGUCGUGGUCUGGAGAGGGCAGGCGGCCAUCAGGAGCACUCCAUUCGACCACAUUCGUGCAGCUCGGUCGAGCUUGCUCUUCCUCUUCUACCACCUCUUCAUCCUCGAAGUGGGUGUGGCUUCCUUGGCCCUGGUGGAGCCUGGUUCGCUCGAAGCGGUUGUAAGGGGUCCAAUGACUCUGAGGAUAGUCCUGGUAAGGUGCUGGAUCGUGCUCGAACCCAGGGUUCUCGAAUGA